AUGCGGGGAGGGAGGAACAGAAGGAAACUCUCGGACCCUGAGCUCCGCCACCUAGGGGGGCCCCCACCCUGCCGCGCUGACCGUCCCGGGAGGUGGUCGCGGGACGGAGAUGGGGCGGAGGUCUGCCUGCAGGUGCUGUCUCUGAAGAAGAAAAGCCCGCAGACCAGCUCAGGCCCCUGGGCUCUCCAUUUCCUGUGGCUAACUGGCUGGACACUCACUACUUCAUGUUGCAGUCCUGAGGUUUUGGGGUUUGAGAUCGACGCUGUGAACUCUGUCCAGUUUUCAAACCACACAGGCUACGCUCACUGGAAGGGCCAAGUGCUGAACGCAGAUGAGCUCCACGAGGUGUACGAAGGUCUGAAGCUGAACCAUGUGAAUAAAUAUGACUAUGUGCUCACGGGGUACACAAGAGACAAGUCCUUCCUGGCCAUGGUGGUGGACAUCGUGCGGGAGCUGAAGCAGCAGAACUCCCGGCUGGUGUAUGUGUGUGACCCGGUGAUGGGUGACAAGUGGGACGGCGAAGGCUCCAUGUACGUUCCAGAGGACCUCCUUCCCGUUUACAAAGAAAAGGUUGUGCCCGUCGCAGACAUUAUAACUCCCAACCAGUUCGAGGCUGAGUUACUGAGUGGCAGAAAGAUCCACAGCCAGGAAGAGGCCUUGGCGGUGAUGGACGUGCUGCACUCAAUGGGUCCCGACACCGUGGUCAUCACCAGCUCUGACCUCCCUUCUCCAAAGGGCAGUGACUACCUGAUUGUGCUGGGGAGCCAGAGGAUCCGGCACCCUGAUGGCUCCAUGGCGAUAGAGCGCAUCCGCAUGGACAUUCGCAAGGUGGACGCUGUCUUUGUGGGCACCGGGGACCUCUUUGCCGCCAUGCUCCUGGCGUGGACACACAAGCACCCCAACAACCUCAAGGUGGCCUGUGAGAAGACUGUGUCAGCCAUGCACCACGUUCUGCAGCGGACCAUCAAGUGUGCAAAAGCCCAGGCCGGGGAAGGCCGCAAGCCCAGCCCGGCCCAGCUGGAGCUGAGGAUGGUCCAGAGCAAGAGGGACAUUGAGAACCCGGAGAUUGUUGUCCAGGCCACGGUGCUGUGAGGGCCUCCUGGGCCCACCCGCUGACUGACACAGUGUGUCGGCGUCUCCCUCUCCAUCCCUGUGAGAAAUGUAACGUCUGCCUUAGAGCUGUGACCUACACUUGGUAUUUUUUUUCUGUUGUGUGUCCAGCAUCAACUGGUCUUAAUUGUGAAAACAUGCCAGUCGUACUUUUUAAAAAUAACAGAGUGAUCACAGAAAUCUGUAACUUGCAGACCCAGCUCCCUCCCCGACAGAGGCUCCUGGGCCUCCCUGGAACACCAGCUUGGUGGUCACUCUCUUGGGGGCAUCCUCCCCAGCUGGGGGGUGGGUACCUGGUGGGAGGGGCCGCUGCCCCCAGAGGGCCACAUGGACUCCCACCAUUGAAUUUACCCUGUGCAGCUUGAGCUGGGCCCUAGGCUGCAGUCGGGUGUGGGCUGUAUCUGUGUGCAUCUGAGAAGGAGUUUUGUGUUCACUGUUUGCGUCCGGGUGAAUUAUGCCAAAUGCCUUUGUUGUCAUUCUGACCCUUCCCUCCUGGUUCCUGCUUUAGGGUUUUUGUUCCUACUUUGCUGUUCGGGGGUAGGCCCCUGGGCGUUUGUUUCACCACCUGGACAGGAUAAUGCCCAUUGGCCCAGACACCCACAGGUCUGCACAGUCACUUUGGAGGGGACCUUCCCAGGACCCCAAAAAUUCAGUCAGUCCACAAAUCUCAUCACGAGUAUGAGCAGGACUACCCUGUAACCCACAAGUAUCUGUAGGGCCCGCUUAGCAAGGUGUGGAGAUGCCAGUAAAGGGAAGGCUGGUGCAGGGCCGAGGGUAUCUGGAAAGAUGCCACAUUGGGCUCCUUCUGGAAAAUUCACCUAGUUUAUGGCACAUUAGCUCAUGCACUGUGUGUUUGCCACCCACUGCUGGUGACAUGCAUCGUGCCAUGGGGGUUAGUGUUCAGAUAUGUAUGGAAGGCAGACGAGGGCACCUGCUCCCACAGUUGACACGGUUCACCCCUAGGCCCUGACACUAGUCCAGUUGUCCACUGCCAACAUGACCUCCUUGGCUCCACUUGCCCAGAAUUUUGGGGUGCCCUGGGUAUCACUGCAGGCAGGGGUUCCCUCUCCAAAAACUCAGCCUGCCUCGAAGGCACUCCCCCACCCCCUACUCUCGGGGUGCAGAGGUUUGCAUGUCCUGGGAGCCCACAACCUGGAGGGGACAGGGAGAUACAGGCACGGGUGCCGUGAUGUGGCCCCUGGGAAACAAAGUUCCUGAGGCCAGCCCUUGCCCCCCACACACGGUUCCGUGCCCACAGGCAGGAGCCUGCACACCUCCAGUAGCACAGUCUUCACUUUGUAGAAAAUACCCUGUAAAGAAGGGAUGCCUCUCUCCAUGGAGCUCCCAGCACCAUUCUGCUGUUUCCUCGCCCACUGCCCACUCCUGAGUGUCUUACCUCCCGUGCAGUAGUGCUCGCGUGGCCUGUGCACAGGGUCGGAGCACCUGCCCCUGACUCGGCCCCUGUAUCCGAGGACCGGGUUUCUCAGAGCCCAGGGGCAGAGCCCUGCUUCCUGGUCCCUGCAGGGUCCACUGGGCAAGGAGGAGGAAGGAGUGGCCUGCAGCCUGGUGGGGGGUGCAGCAUCCCCUACAGGGUGCUCGUAGGGACCAGCCAGUCACCCAGGGCCCUGGGCCUUUAAUGGCAAAUUCUGCCACUGCCAAGUAGAGCUGGGGAGACGGCCAAUGAGAAAAAGGUUUUCUUUUUUUAUUUCAAUAGUGAGAGCCAUCUAGGGCUGGGCAAAGAACUGAAUGUAUCUGUCUUCCGUGAGAUGCUGAAACCCCACUGGAAAGUGAGGUUGUGGGUGUUGGGCCUAUGCCCUGUGUGCAGCCAACGUGAAGGGAAGCGUGCUCCGCGGACACUGUUCGAUUCUUGGUUCUUUAGUUUUAUUUCAGGGGCUUGGCCCCACUUUCGGUUUUGUUCUUUUACUUCCCUAUGCUCCCCAUAGAGUGAUGAGACUUAGUCCCUCCGUGGAGCUUCUGUACAGCCAUGAACCAGGCGUGGCCUGAGACUUUCUCUUCUGUGCCCUUUGGCUGUAAAGCCCCAACCAUGGGGAGAAGGGGCUGAGCUGUCUGUACUAAGAGAAGGACCUUGGGGACCCCGGGAGCCUCCACAGGGUGUGAGUCUCCUGUGGAAACCUGAGCUUCCUCGGGAGGCUGAGCUCCAUGUUCCCACGCCCGCGUUGCUGAGCCUGAGCUUUCUGGGCUCAUCUACCCACAUGUGCCGCUUGUCACGCCCACAGCUGAGGCCCUGGCUGCCUGUGUGUAGAAUCCCCAUCCAGAUUUCAUCCCUGGCCCCUGGCGGUAGUUUUUCAUACCGAUAAGGUCCAAAUUAGGAUUGAUCUUUGUUUUUACUUUCCAUAGCUUACUAAUCUGCAAAAUUAUGAUAAUUCCUGUUAACGUGGGAGAUUGUUGUCAGAGUGCAGAUUUCAGUACUUGCCACUGUUUCAAACCUUCUCCUGUAGACCAUAAAGAUGAAUUAUAAAAUAUGAUCCCUUUCUUGAACCAGUCUUAAACCCUUGCCAAGUGCUGCUAAGGUAACCGAGUGAGUCUUUUUUGCAAUAUAUGUCCGUGAUGGUACAAAUGAUGCUUUGUUUGUUUGUUCUUACACUUGUUAAAGCCAACCUUUUAAAUGUUUGAUUUUCCAACGGACUGAGCCCUCCUUGGCGCACCUGCUUUGAGUACGUGGCGGGUGUUUUUAGCGCACGGCCCGCACCGUGAUGCCCGAGUCCCAGGGGAACAGUCACCUCCCCACCCCCCGUCAUCCAUGUGGGAAAGAAACACGGGGGAAGCCCGCCCCUGUGCUGAGGCCCCCUGGAUGCAGCGCAGGGCGCAUCCUUGGCUUGGGGGAGAGAGGGAGAGCGGGGAGGUGGGACAGGCUGGGAUGAUGGAUGUCCAGGGACCACUCCUGUCCCAGCUUGAACCUCGUGUUCACUCCUCAGUUGAAAUGUGCACAAAACGAGGGAAGCGUAGUCUGGCCGCUGGACCUCCACUGUGCACACCCUCUCCUGGUCCUUCCUGCCCUUAAAUGGGAUCACCUACCUGCCUGGGGUGUCAGGUCCACGUCUGUGUGAAUCAAAGACACUGCGCAACUGCGCUGUGUUCAGUGCCAGCAUAGGUGGCACCCCGACUUCCUUCUCUGCCACCCGCCUGGUCUCUCGGGCCUCCUUGACACACAUCUCCACCUAGAAGCCUCCCCCAGUACCCACCUGGGCUGGGAGGAGGGGAGGGGAGUUUGUAAGUGAGCAGAGUGGAUAUUGUGCAGAUGGGGACAUUGUGAGCGUGGCCUGGCUUUCUGAGUCUGGGUGGGAGCCACGUAUCCCCAGACCCAGUUUUGCCCACCAGCCGAGCAGUGCGGCUCAGCCCACCUGUUUUCAUCCCACACCACCUCCCACUGCCAGGCUGCAGGGGCUCCCUUCUCACCCUCUGAGGCUGUCUGCCCUAGGACUCCCAAGAGGGCCAUCGCCUGUGUCCCUAGGGGAUGCAUGUCAGGCGUACACGCUGAGUGGGCACUGAGAAGAACCCCCAGCCCCGGGGAGGAUGGCUCUGGGAGGCCAGGUCCACUGCCCUAAGCCAGGGAAGCCUUGAACUUGGGGCGUGUUGGUCAGGAUGGACAUCGUUCCCCCAGGAGGCCUCCUACUGUCUGCAGUUCUGCCCACAAGCGCUUGUCAGGCCGUCCUCAACCUGACCGAGGGCCGGUACAUGUGUGACCUUGGGGCUGUGUGCAGGCGUGGUAUGUGUGUGCUGUGGUCGGUUGCUUUGUGGCAGGUGCAGAAUCGGGUACCCAGCAAGUCUGCAGGUGAGAGGAGCGUCAUGCAAUCCUGCGUGUGAUUUAUAGACAGCUCUGGUUUCAGAAUCCGGCCACGCACUUCCUGCCUCUGCCAGCAGGGGUCAGCGAGAGUGGAGGAGGGGUGGUGGGCAGGAGGGGUCCUUGGCCCCCACCCUGGUAGAUGGCAGACAUCAGCUCUGCUUCUGGGGGUGUUUCUUCAGUGUGUAAGUCUUUCUGUCUGGUGAAGGGAACCAGGCUCUGCAGUUUGCGGGGGUGCACAGGGGUGGGAACCCUGCCUGUGUCCCGUCCCCUGCUGUGUCCCACAGGCUCCUCCCAGCGGCGCCCAUUGCCCGUGUCCUGAAGCCCCCACGGGGAGCUGCCACACGGGCGCUCACAGUUCUCAUAGUGCAUGUGUCUCCUUGUGGACGUCUGCAGCUUAUUCUCGCUGCAAAGUGUUUCCUGCUUAACUGAUUCAAAAACUGUCUUACAAACCACAUUCCUGCCUUUCAUUAGAGAUUUGAGCUCACAACACAAUAUGUUCACUCUGUUAGUAAGAAAUCAAUGAGUAACUUUAGUUCUUCGAGAAUAUUCUAAAACUAUAUUAGUGAAAGGCUCCACCUAGAAUUUUCUUUUUAAAUGCUGGCAGAGUAAACAGCUUUUCCACUGUCCAAGCCAAGCAGAGCCCUGGGCUCAAGCCAGGCUUCCUGCCCACGUCUGACCCCUGCUUCAGGGUGUGGGGGGGAGCUUCACCGUGGUCGUGGAGAAUGAAGCCCCCGACCUGCCACCUUUCCUCUGCCCCAGCCCCACACCACGACGGGCAAGUUCCGAUCCUGUGUGACGGGAAGCCCGCUCUGUAGGAGACACCUUCCUGAGGCCGUGGGUUGCCCACCAUAGCUGGGACAUCGAGGCCUGCAAGUCAGCUGGCUGGAGAGCGAGAGCCAGCCCUCCCCUGUGGUUCCACCUGAGCCCACACUGCAACCCUCGUCUUGCUGAUGGGAGGGGUAGAUGUUAAUAUUUAGGGAACUGGAGAGGAAUUCUCAGUCUCCAAGGAGGCCGAGGGUGUUUUGAAUGCUGUAACGCUAUAGCUGUGUACCUUCUAAUUUAGAAUUAUAGUUGGCAUUUCAGCCAAUAAUUGCAAAAUGAGCAGCAGGAGCCUGAGGGGGUGACUCGGAGCCCCGCCGAUGCUGUCCUGGUCCUUCCAGGAAGGGAGGUUGGGAUCUGGAGGCUUCUCAGGGGCUGUGGUGCAGCCUGGGUCGCGGCUGUGAGGGGGACGAUCUCUGUGAGAUUCGGACAGUGGUUGCAUUGGCCCCGUGGUGACCAGCCCUGCCCACUGCAAGUGUGUGGACGUGUUGUAAAUGUAAAAUGCCUGUCAGCACUGUAGAGUCUGUGUGUGCUGCUCCUGUUGAUUUACGAUUCUCCACAAAUAAAUAUUUUCAUGGCAAUAA